AUGAUGCUCCUGGACCUGCAGGUGGAGAGAGCAGGGCCACCCGAGCAGGUGGGAGGUGGCGCUGGCCAGUCACGUGUCAUCCAGGGAACAGGACCACGGGGUAUGGAUGCAUACAUAGAUGGUACUAGCCAGGAUUCAGUGCAGAUGGAACCAGAAGGUGAGCUGCGUGCUGCCACAGGGGUCAUCGCGUCCCACCGUGAGCCCUGCUGUUGGGACAGAGCAGACGCGAAGGCCGACUUCCCAAACCCAGCACCAGCCCGCUCCCAGGCUUAUCUCGUGCAGCCUGAACUCAGACCCUCAGCUUUCUUACUACAGGCAGGACCCGCUCCUCCUGGGACGGACAUCUUCCCAGGACCAGCGGAGCACGUUCCUGGAGCCGGUGGCCUCGGCUUCGCCACAGGCCUUGAGGGCUUAGGUGGCGAGAGGCCGCCCACCCUGGAGCUGGAUUUUGUCUACAGAGAGGCUCCCGGCUGGCGCUCCGGAGGCCGGCCUAUUUCAGGAAGGCCUGGGCUGCCUCUGGUUGUCAGCGCCCACAGCCUCACACUCGGGUUAUCUGGAGCAGCCAGCUGGGGCAACGUGUGA